AAUGAGAAUUUAUGAUUUUUUUUUUCUUUGGCAGACAUCAAGAUGGGGUUAGACUGUGGAGGCAGAAUGGGGCAGAUCAUUUUGGUUGUCAUCAACACAAUUUUUGUGUUGAUUGCUCUCGGGAUGUUGAUCCCAGGGAUCGCCUUACAGACGAACUUUGAUUUUGUGACGGACGAGAUAAAACCUGUUUUAGACGAGAUCAAAGUCACGGGAGCGGGUCUCGGAUCUGUUAUCCAAAAUCUAGGGAUCGGACUUAUCAUACUGGGUCUAUUCAUAUUCUCGUUCGCCACCUUAGGGCUGUUCGGAGCUUUUUGUAAAAACAAGUAUAUUCUGACAACUUACGCCAUUAUCGUGCUGCUGUCGAUGGUGGGGCAAGUCACCGUGGUAACGCUGUGGUUCAUCAUGCAGAAUACGCUUAACUCUACUGUAAAGGAAGAGCUGUCGACUGUGUUAAGGAACACUUACUCUGAGGACAGCCUCAACGGAACCAGCCAACAGAGUAACGGAUGGAACUUCCUUUUUCUGACGCUAAAAUGUUGUGGUGUGGACGCAGUAAAAGCCCAAACAGCAGGGGAUUUCGCCAAUACUCCUAACUGGAGUGGUAAAAUGCCAGGCCAGCUCAUCCCCACGUCUUGUUGUAAGGAAACCACAGCUGCCACCUACACUGCAUCGGCUAAUUGUACAGACAACGUGGCCGCGGGAACCUUCUAUGAGCAGGGAUGUUAUGACGCGACGAUUGCCAAGUUUGAUACAUCCAGAUAUAACGGUAUUUUACUUGGAAUUGUCAUAACAGUUCUAAUCACCAAGAUAAUUGCCGUUGUUGCUGCUCUCUGUAUUUGCCGAGGCGCUGAUGACGAUUAAAAAACAGCCAAAGAAAAUCAGUUCUAACUUAAGAUGUUACGUGUCCCC